AUGACCAUGAGUGUUUCGUCGCAUGUUCGGCGCGCCCUUCGCCAUGCCGCCAAAAAGGCUCUUUACUUCGCCGUCCAACGCGCCUUUGAAGAAUGCGCUAAAUGGGGUGUGAAGAAGCUCCGGGACUAUUAUGCUGCCAGGAUUCCCGAAAAUGUCAAUAUUCCCCCGCGCGACCAAAACAUUGUCGCUCCUCGGGCCACGCCCGUCAAUGGGAUAUACACAAUGGACCCGAAUACGGAGAUGGACGAGCUGGAGAAGGCGAUUGGGAGGAUGUCACUUUAG